AAAAAAAACAAGAAAAAAAAAAACUUUUUUACACUGGCACUCUGCAAGUUGUCUUCCCCCCAUUGUCGCCGGCGAGCCCAAGCACUGUUCUCUCCUCCGUGAGGACUUAUUGUGCUGCCUCCACCACUAUAAAGAGGUUGUAUUGGAAGUUUAUUUAUGUGCAUUCAAGCCAUUGUAACGGUUGAUUAUUCCGGCAACUGGUGGUUUUAUGGGCUAUUUGAACAGUGGCGGCCAGAAGUUGUUAUUGGCAGCGGAAUUAUCAGCCUCACUACUCUACUUUAUUUACACCCAGAUUCCUACUAACCCUGUGUUUGCAUCAACUCUUCGGCGUGGCUUGUCUAAUGCGCUGCUAGGGAAAUUGAAAGAAUCCAAUAUUGAAAGGGAAAUUCUCGUUUGAAAUGUGAAGCUCUUUCAACCCCCAGUCAUGCACCUCCAUGGAAGGACCUUCCUCAUCAAACCACAAAGAAGCCACCAUUCCCAACUCGCAGACGUCCUUUUGGUUGCCUCCCUCACCAAAACCUUAUCAGAAUCUAGUACUCGCUACCUCCCCGACCCUCGCUCCAUCCCUCUUUCCGAGCCCAUCCUCCUCCAAAUCCUCCGCAACAAUUCCCUUCACAUCUCCAAGAAGCUCGAUUUCUUCACAUGGUUCUCUCUCAACUCCGACCUCAAACCCUCUGCUCACUCCUAUUCCCAGGUCCUCCGCGCUCUCUGUCGUGAAGGUCACCUCCACGAGGCCUCGAAUCUGCUCGGUUCGAUGAGGCAAAACGGUGUCAUCAUUGACUCGUGGACGUUCAAGACGCUACUCGACACCUUCAUUCGAUCCGGUAAGUUCGAUUUUGCCUUGGAAAUCCUAGACACCAUGGAGGAACUAGGAGUCACCUUGAACUCACACAUGUAUGACUCUGUUCUAAUCGCUUUGGUAAGAAAAGAUCAGUUGAGUUUCGCAUUGUCUAUAUUCUUUAAGAUUCUCGAAGAUAGCUCUCACGUUCCUAGCUCAAUUGGCUGCAAUGAAUUGCUCGUUGCACUUAAAAAAUCUGACAUGAGAGUUGAAUUCAAGCAAGUUUUUGAUGGAAUCAGGGAAAAGAAGGGUUUUGGGAUGAAUGUUUGGGGCUACAAUAUCUGCAUUCACGCGUUUGGAUUUUGGGGUGAUUUGGGUACUUCUUUGAGCCUCUACAGAGAGAUGAAAGUUUCAGUGGGUCCAGAUUUAUGCACUUAUAAUAGUCUCAUCCAUGUUCUUUGCUUUUUUGGGAAGGUGAAAGAUGCAUUAGUUGUGUAUGAGGAAUUGAAAGGGUCUGGUCACCAGCCUGAUCGUUUCACUUACCGAAUUCUAAUCCAAGGAUGUUGUAAAUCUUAUCGGAUAGACAAUGCUGAAAAGAUAUUUAAUGAGAUGGAGUACAAUGGACAUUGUGCUGAUACCGUUGUCUACAAUUCCCUCAUUGAUGGGCUGUUGAAAGCGAGGAAGGUUAGUGAAGCCUGCGAGUUGUUUGAGAAAAUGACUCAGGAUGGGGUGAGAGCCUCAUCUUGGACUUACAAUACUCUUAUUGAUGGGUUGUUCAAGAAUGAAAGGGCCGAGGCGGGUUACACCAUGUUUUGUGACUUGAAAAAGAAGGGCCAAUUUGUGGAUGGUAUUACUUACAGCAUUGUUGUCCUGCAACUUUGUAGAGAAGGUCUGCUUGAGGAAGCUCUAGGAUUGGUGGAGGAAAUGGAAGGCAGAGGUUUUGUUGUUGAUCUGGUUACUAUCACUUCACUCUUGGUUGGGUUGUAUAAGCAAGGUCGGUGGGAUUGGACGGACAGGCUUAUGAAGCACAUUAGAGACGGUAAUAAUUUACUGCCGAAUGUGUUACGAUGGAAAAUAGAUUUGGAAGCUUCAUUGAAAAACCCACAGAGUAAAAGAAAGGAUUACACACCCAUGUUCCCGUCUAAAGAUGAGUUUAGUGAGAUUAUGAGCUUGAUAAGGUCUGCCAAUGCAACAAUGAAGGCGCAACUUGUUCCAGAUAAUGUUGAUGUUAAAGAUGAUGAGAGUGUAUCUUCUGAUAUUGAUCAGUGGUCAUCAUCUCCAUAUAUGGAUCAGUUGACCAAUCAAGUUCUGUCCAAUGGCCGUUCCUCUCAGCUCUUUUCGCUAUCUAGGGGGAGGCGAGUUCAAGCAAAAGGGGGUGACUCUUUUGACAUUGAUAUGGUCAAUACUUUCUUGUCUAUAUUUUUGGCCAAGGGAAAGCUAAGUUUAGCGUGCAAGUUGUUUGAGAUUUUCACUGAUAUGGGCGUUAACCCUGUAAGUUACACUUACAAUUCAAUGAUGACUUCAUUUGUCAAGAAGGGCUACUUCGAUGAAGCGUGGAACAUCCUCGGUGAGAUGGGAGAGAAGGUUUGUCCAGCAGAUAUAGCAACAUACAAUGUGAUCAUCCAAAGCCUUGGCAAGAUGGGAAGGGCAGAUCUAGCUAGUGCUGUUCUCGAUAAGCUAAUAGAACAAGGUGGUUAUCUCGACUUGGUUAUGUACAACACUCUAAUUAAUGCAUUAGGGAAGGCGGGUCGGAUAGAUGAAGUAAAUAAAUUCUUUGAUCAGAUGAGGGCUAGUGGAAUUAAUCCUGAUGUUAUCACUUACAAUACACUUAUUGAAGUUCAUACCAAGGCAGGUCAACUGAAGGAUGCAUAUAAAUUCUUGAAGAUGAUGCUGGACGCAGGCUGCAUUCCGAACCAUGUCACAGACACGACUUUGGAUUUUCUGGGAAAGGAAAUUGAGAAAGAGAGUUAUCAAAAGGCCUCAAUCAUGCGCAAUAAGGAUGAUGAUUCUUAAGACUUUUAUAUUUUUCCUGGUGAGGGUGGUUUAGUUGCUGGAAAAAUCAUUCUUGCUUGCAAAAAUGACAAUUUCACGUCCAAUCAUCAUGAACAAGCAUUUGUGGACCACAAUUUUAUCCUGCUAAUAAUUAAUUAACAUGUAUGUUGAAACAAAGUAUCUGAUAUGGAGGCCUUCGGAUCUGUAAAAACUGUUGAGCGAUGAUGCCCAAGAGGUUAUCGAUACACUUAAAAAGGAUAGCAGCAAGGCGAAGAAUAAAUAAUGCUUGCGUUAGAAAAGAAGCAUUUCGACUGAGAAAAAGAGCUGAGUAUUUCAAUUUAUACUCGUUCUCACUUACUUUUGCUCUAGCUAGUCAAUUCCAUAUCUAGUUUUUUUUACUGCAGAAUCCAUUUCUGUGUCAAUUAUUUUGGUUACUACUUACUAAAUUGAAGCUGUAGAUGUCUAUAUAUUUCUGUUGUGAGGAAGAAUGAUCUUGUGCUUCUUGUUUCCUUGGUAUCGCCAUUUAUCGGUUUCGGGUUUCUCCCAUUCAGUACCAGC